CAGUCUCUGUCUCCAAACCAAAGCAAGAUAAUAAAACUUUCUCUCUCGUCUUUAGCCACGUAGUCAUGGACGUCGAGCAUCACAACUCCGGCCACAUCGGUAGACCAACGGUGGUUAUUCCAUCGAGAAAGCUUCUUUCCUCCGCCAAAUCUCCCUCAUCGGCUUCUAGUCCCCGUCGCGACGGUAACGAUCAGAAAGACUAUCAUUACGACUCUGACUCCGACGAUCCUUACGCCGGAGACCAUUUCCGAAUGUACGAAUUCAAGAUCAGACGGUGCACUCGUAGCCGUAGCCACGACUGGACCGACUGUCCUUUCUCUCAUCCCGGCGAAAAGGCUCGUCGCCGUGACCCUCGCCGGUAUCACUACACGGGUGAUGUCUGUCCUGAGUUUCGCCACGGUGGUGAUUGUAGCCGUGGUGACGAGUGCGGCUUCGCGCACGGCGUUUUCGAGUGUUGGCUCCAUCCUAGUCGUUACCGUACGGAAGCUUGUAAAGACGGUAAGCAGUGUACGAGAAAAAUAUGUUUCUUUGCUCACUCUCCGCCGCAGCUUAGAGUUCUUCCACCGCCAGAAAGUUUCGUCUCCGGCGGUGGCGGAUCGGCGUUGUCAUCACCCGCGUCGGUGUUAAGUAACAAGAGUAAUGGGUGUUGUGUGUUUUGUUCCCACUCUCCGACGAGCCCUCUCUUGGGUUUAGCACAUUCACCGUCGUCGUCUCCACCUCUAUCUCCGGCUAAUAAAGUCGCUGCAGUUUCACGGCUGAGUAGCCACCGAUCAGCCGUGAAGUACAAGGAAGUUCUAAACGAACUGAUUAAUUCUUUAGAUUCCUUUGGUCUCACGCAAGCACUCACCGCGGCUUCUCCGUCGUCUAUGGUUACCAUGCCUGUUUCAACGGCGUCGAUGCUUGCCUCAUCAAGUCUGAGCAACCAUUAUCAUCACCGUCUUCCACCGUGGCUUGACGUCGGAGAUAGAGAUCUUCAAUUUGCUCUUUCACCUUCUUCUACUCCAAGUUACCUCAAUGGCCAGCUUCAGCUUCAGCUUCAGCCUCCGCCGCCGAGCUUUUUCAGUGAAGAGUUUACACCACGUGGUGGUCGUGUAAGCGAUUUCACGGCGACUGCAACUGCAGCGGCGGAAGCUAGGGAUAAGAGUAGCUUUGAGAUUGGUUCUAAUGGCGAUCUUGAUCUUGGAUGGGUGAACGAUCUACUGACAUGAUCAAUGUGAAUGGUCGGAGAAACUUCCGACGGAAAGAAGUAUACAGUGGCGGAGUACCGCGGUGAACGAUCUACUGACAUGAUCAAUUUUUACGAUUUUUUUCAUGAGUGUUAAUUAAGAGACUGUACUAUGCCGUGAUUUUUAAAAAAUAUUCCUCUACCUUAAAAGAAAAAAGAGUCCAUAAUUUUAUUGUAAUAUUGAUCUCUUGGAACUUGUAAUAUUUUCAA